CACCAUCGUCAACCAAGCAGCAAAGCAUUCAAGCUGUUUCCCAAUUGCUACUGAGAGCGUCUGACUGCUACCAAACACGUUUACGAUUUACUCUCACAGGAGUGAACUCACACAUGGAUUCAGCAUGGGGCUUCACGGGGAGGGAAUUUAAACCCACACCCUGUACCAUUACGUUUCCACAUCAUUAGACGGACUACUGCGGCAUGUAAAAUCCUGUUGCUACCGGCAGGUUGGGCUCAGUCCACACACUCUGAUGAUUCAGAUAAUUUUUUCGACACCCGACUCACAAUCAUUCCCAGGAAAGCGCUAGUUCUGGAUUUUACUUUGCAAUCAGUGGAGGAGUUGAGGUGUCAAGGGGCGCGGUCCGUGUCAAAUUCCUGCUCAUGUAUUGGCACCGUACGUCUUGCAGGUCACUUGUUACGCGGCCCUGCGAUUGUGUCAUCUGUGGUCCAAUGGGAAGCAUUCUUGCUCGUGGAUCAGAAGAUUCUGAUGUCUGUCCAAAGACGAUGUGGACAUCACUGGUAAUGGUGACAUUUAUUGUUCAAUUCUAAUUAUCCCUAAUCCAAAGAGACACACUAAUGGGUUUGAAGCCACAUGUACAGCAGACCAGAUUAUGAUCUGAAUGGUGGUAGCUUCUUUCCAAGAGUAACCAGAAAUUUGCCAUCUAUUGGGAAACAGUGGCGCUGGAGAAUGUUUCACUUCAGAAUUCUGCCUGCGAUGGCAGUCCUUGGCAACUUCUCCAGACAAUACUACAGAGCAGCAUCGACCACAAAUAAGCGUCAGCACAGAUUGAUGAUGGUAACAUUUGCUGGAGUAACAGCUGUUUCGGCAACAGCAGGCUUAUUAUGGAAAAGAGUUCACGCAGAAGGUGCUGCUUCAGUAAAGCACGUUCCCAGAACUGGCUCCUCUGGGGCAGAAGAGCAAAAAGAUGGCGGAGAGGCUGUGAAGCCACAGGAAGAGGAUGGGCAAAAUGAAAAAAAGAAGCGGAGAGGAUUCAGAGAUCGGAAGGUAAUGGAAUAUGAGAACCGAAUUCGGGCUUACUCUACUCCAGAUAAGAUAUUCCGAUACUUUGCAACACUGAAGAUCAUCAGUGAGAAUGGAGACGCCGAAGUGUUCAUGACACCCCAAGAUUUUGUUCGGUCUAUAACACCAAAUGAAAAACAGCCAGAGAAUCAGGGUCUGGACCAGUUCAUAGUGAAACGAUGUGAUGGGAAGAAGCUUACCCAUGGGCGAGAGAAGUUUGUUGAUGAAGACAGCAUAUUUUACACACUAGGAGAGUGUGGACUGAUUUCAUUCUCAGAUUACAUUUUUCUCACCACUGUUCUGUCCACUCCACAUAGGAAUUUUGAAAUUGCCUUUAAAAUGUUUGACUUGAAUGGUGAUGGCGAAGUUGAUCUGGAGGAGUUUGAACAGGUUCAAAGUAUUAUUCGAUCACAGACCAGUAUGGGCAUGCGUCACCGAGAUCGCACCACAACGGGUAACACCCUGAAAUCUGGUGUUAGCUCUGCGCUCACCACUUACUUCUUUGGUGCUGACCUAAAGGGAAAACUGACUAUCAAACACUUCCUGGAGUUUCAGCGCAAGUUGCAACAGGAUGUUCUUAAAUUGGAGUUUGAGAGACAGGACCCUGUAAAUGGAAGGAUCACUGAGCGUCAGUUUGGACGAAUGCUUUUGGCAUAUAGUGGUGUCCAGUCCAAGAAACUUAAAGCAAUGUUGAAGAGCAUCAAAAAACAAUUCAAGGAUGCAGAGGGCAUUACCUUUGAAGAGGUUGAAAAUUUCUUCACUUUCUUGAAGAACAUCAAUGAUGUGGACACAGCAUUAAGUUUCUAUCACAUGGCAGGGGCUUCCAUUGAUAAAGCGACCAUGAAGCAGGUUGCCAGGACAGUGGCAAAGGUGGAGCUUUCUGAUCACGUUUGUGAUGUCGUCUUUGCUUUGUUUGAUUCUGAUGGUAAUGGUGAGUUAAGCAACAAAGAAUUUAUCUCCAUUAUGAAGCAACGGCUAAUGCGUGGUUUGGAGAAACCCAAGGACACAGGCUUCACACGGCUUAUGCGCGCAAUGUGGAAAUGCACUCAGGAGACUGCCUGGGACUUGCCUUAUCUAUCCAAGUCUGACCUCUGCUGACGAGCAUUUCAUCAACAUCUCUUCCCUCAGUCCCUCGGAGCCAGAGGCUAGAAUUUCUCAUUCCAGUUUUAAUGUUAUGGAUUUGUGUUUGCCGUUACUGCUCAAGCAGUUCUUGCUGCUGCUACCAAUAUAGAAGUCUAUAAAUUACUGGCAAAGUCAGCUGGCAAACCUUUAAUGCAUUUGUAUGAACUCCAGUGUAUGCCAUUUUACUCACUGUGUUGACAUGUAUUUUAUAGGCAGAGUAGCCUGUGUCGUUUCAAUAUUUACUCAUCAAUUGAGAAGGGAGUCUUUUUUCAGGUAGUUCUUCAAUAAAUACAAAAUGUCAAAACAAAAAAUUAA